UAAUGUAAUUGUUUAUUUAAAGAAAGCUGGCGGUCGGAAAAGACCAAGACUACUGCGUGUAUGUAUGUAUGUGUGUGUGUGUGUGUGUGUGUGUGUGUGUGCACGCGUAAUACACACAUGUAAAAAAAAAUCGUAAAUCCUUUAACCUCCCCCUCCCGUCCCCCUCCCUUAGGCCAGCAGGAGGACGAGGCCCUUGCGUCGCCCUCCUCGCCGCUGCUCUGGACGGUCCGCAGCCGCGUGCGGUUACGAGUGCGGGUGGAGGACGACGGGCAGCGGUACACAUGCCGCGCCCUCCAGAUCACUCCCGAACUUGACGAGAGCCAAGACAAUGUUGCUCCUCCAAGCUGGAACUCGACCAACACCGCGGAUGAGGCGCAGGAGAUUGGGCCGUCGCGUGUGCAAGCCGGGACGCGAGAAGACGGGGACACAAUGGCUUCGAGGGGAGACUCCGCUAAUUCCUCGCAACUUUCGCCGGCCUCUUCUCAAGAUGCGGGGGGGGCUUCUCCGGGAGGAUCUGUGCCCUUGGAAGUUAGCGUCGUUGUCUCGGUGUUGUACCCGCCGAGCCGCCCCGCCAUCACAGGCUACGACGAAGGACACGCGCUUUCCGAAGGCGAUACCCUCAACCUCACCUGCGCCGUGGGGGCCGCCAACCCCCGCCCUCGCCUGUCGUGGCACAAGAACGGCCUUCGGAUAAGCCCAAAGGAUACGACAGAAGAAGUCGUUCUCAAUGCGCCGAGUACGGGCCUGAGCCUCACGCAGGCGGUGACGGCGACGCGGCAGGAGGACGGCGCCGUGUACGAGUGCCGGGUCAACACCUCCCUUUUCUCGCGUCCUUUGGCCUCCGACGUGACGCUCAGUGUGCAGUAUCCGCCAAGCAACGUGACAAUGACAGGCCCCCAGGUGGUGGGAUCUGGCAACAGUGUCACCUUCACCUGCGUCACGUCACCUGCAAAUCCACCUGCUAAUGUGACCUGGACUAUUCACGGGUCACUGAACAAGAAGAGCAAAUCAGCUGUGAGCAGAGGACCAGAAGGAGGCUGGGUCACGACCUCUACGUUGACCUAUCGCGUUGCAAGGUCAAGUAAUGAGCUGGUUGUUCGUUGCAUGGCAAGAAAUGCAGCUUCUUCCUCCCCCGUUACUACGAGUAAAUCAGUUCAGGUUAUCAAGACCCCGAAGCCUCCGGUGGUAGAGGCAGACAUGAAGGGCACGGUGGUUGCAGGCACUGUCCUUGACCUGACCUGCACCACCCACGGAGGUCACCCGCCACGCCAGGUCAAGAUGUUCAAAGGCGAAGAACAAAUGGACAUCGAAGUGGAGGAAGACGAGAACGUGACUGUGGCCCACACCGCCAUCACCGUAGAACCUUCAGACAACAAAGCCAAGAUCCUGUGCGAGGUUCAGAACCCAGCGUCUCAAGAACCACUUACUGGACACACGACGAUCAGCUUGUUUUUUCCAGCGUGGGAGGUCAAAGGUUGGGUCAGUCCUCGGAGUGUCGAGGUGAAGGAGGAGGUCACCCUCGGCUGUGAGACAUCGCCUAGUAUCCCACCCUCGACUGUGACCUGGCACUCGGGAGGUGCCACUCUGGAGGGUGCCACCACGAGGCAGUAUCCGGGCAAAUAUGGUGGAACUGUUACUAGCUCGGAAUUGCGUGUGAGGCCGCUUGCAGAUGACAACGGACGCGUGUUUUCGUGCAAUGCAAACAACGGCCUCGGGGUCACCGUAUCUGCAGAUCUGGUCAUUGACGUCUUACACGGACCUCGGUGGGUUGAAGUUCCCUCCCCUGUGCUAGAUGUCGAGGAAGGCAGGGACAUCAUCAUCAGUGCAAUUGCAAUGGCUAAUCCUCCCCCAGUCAGGUACAAUUGGCGUCGCGGUGAAGUCGACCUGCUCAGCACAGGCAUCAGCGGAGGAGAGUUAAGACUAUACAGUAUAUCCAGGAGUCACUCAGCUAAUUACACUGUGACUGCUACAAGCGCCAGAGGGUCGGAGAGUUAUGCAUUUUUCAUCAAUGUGUUGUGUUUUGUGUAUCAUGAGUCGAUAGAAAUUGAUAGCGAAUUAUGCUGGAUCAACAUGCAGGAGAAUCCAAAUAGAGUGAUCUACAAAUUAAUUAAUGGAAUUAUGAUAGCAAAAAAAAUCAAGAAUCCUAUAUUCAGAGAUAAUCUCCAUUUACGAGUUGUUCAAAGUUCAUCUCCAUCUACCACGCUGCGAAUGAACCGUAAUUUAGUCCGGAAUAAAAUAAAUAAAAUUAAAAAAUACAAAUCUCCUUCAUUUGAACCACGCCGGGCUUUUCGAGUUCUCAGUGUAUUCGAGUAUCUGUUAAUUCCGGGUUAUGUCUUUCCCACCUUCCCUGUCCAUAGCUAUGGAACUUUCACCCUUAUACUGUGCUGGAAGAAGGCCAAAGGGGAUAUCAAUAAUUGCUGA